CCUGCCGGGGUAGCCGCGAGGUGGCAGCCAUCUUGCGUACGGCGGUGCUGUUUCCCAGAUGCCGAGGGUUUUGGUUUUUAGUUCCUCUGUGCUUUGGGGUGGUGUUUGUGCGUUGCUUUCACCUUUUCAGAUGUUCGUGUCUUUCUAGACCACGAUUUUAUUGGGAGGUAGAAGCGAAUGUAGUGUAAGAUGCCUUAUGGUGAAAUUGAAGCGAAAUCCUUGGAUCAUUGUGAAGAACUAACAGGUGAACCAUGCUAUAAAAAAUUGAAGUCAGCUGAAGAGGCUUAUGUUUUUUCUCAUCAUGGUACUGCUGAUUUUCACAGAAUCCAAGAGAAAGCUGGGAAUGAUUGGGUCCCUGUGACCAUUGUUGAUGUCAACGAACACAGUUAUCUUCAGGAGGACAAAACCAAAAUUACAAACUCGGUGAAACCUGUGCAUGAUGAGAUGCCUGGCAAUAAUAGAUCAGAUGUUAUUGAAUCCAUUGAUACACAAAUUUUACAGGAUGCCAGUCCUGCAUUGGUAUCCAAAGAUGAUGAGAUAUAUAGCACAAGUAAAGCAUUUAUAGGACCGAUUUACAAUCCCCCUGAGAAGAAGAAAUACAGUGAAAGGAGAAAUCAUUCAGAAGCAGUCAGUGGUAUAGAUGGCAAAGGAGGACGAGAACAGAAACAGAACUUCAACUCUAAAAAAUCAAAGCUUGACAACGAAUUAUUCCAGUUUUACAAGGAAAUUGAAGAGCUUGAAAAUGAAAAAGAUGAUCUGGAAGGCAGUUGUGAAGAACCUGAGCUCUCUGAAGAAAAACUUACUGUGUAUUAUCAGGACCAUAAUAAUGAGCUGUUAAAAUCUGAAGAAGUAAAGGAAGGAGAUAUUAGUAAUGUUUUUCAGUCGCAUUGUAGUUACCGACAGCAUGGGGAGAACGAGCCAGGCAAAUAUCCUUGUAAUGGACAAGUAAUACCUGCAUUUUGUGAUGAUUCCUUAACUUCCUUCAGGCCUGAAUGGCAAUCAGUGCAUUCUUUUAUAGUACCCCAAGGUCCUCCUCCUCCCAGUUUUAACUAUCAUUUAAAUCUGCAAAGAUUCAGUGCUUCACCAAAUCCACCAUCAAAUAUUUUCCAUGUUCCAGAUGGGUCUCAGCAUCAAAAUGGGUAUUAUGUAAAUAGUUGUCACAUUAACUGGGAUUGUUUGACUUUUGAUCAGAACAAUGACUAUAUUGACUAUAGUGAGAAUACCAGUAGAGAUCAUUCCUUUUUUAAUGGCUACAUUGUGCAAGAUGGAUAUGUGAGUAAUGGUUUCUGUGAAACCAGGGAAGGAUGCUGGGAAGAUCCUUCUAUGGACAAGCAUAAUGGAAUAGACAGGCUUAAGAACCAGCAGUUUCAAGAGGAAAAGUUAAAUAAAUUGCAGAAGUUACUUAUUCUUUUAAGAGGUUUGCCUGGUUCUGGGAAAACAACGUUGUCUCGAAUUCUGCUUGGUCAAAGUCGGGAUGGCAUUGUGUUCAGCACUGAUGACUAUUUUCACCAUCAAGAUGGGUACAGGUAUAAUGUUAAUCAACUUGGUGAUGCUCAUGACUGGAACCAGAACAGAGCAAAACAAGCUAUCAAUCAGGGGAGAUCUCCAGUUAUAAUAGACAACACUAAUACACAAGCUUGGGAAAUGAAACCAUAUGUGGAAAUGGCCAUAGGAAAAGGAUACAGAGUAGAGUUUCAUGAACCUGAAACUUGGUGGAAAUUUGAUCCUGAAGAAUUAGAAAAGAGGAAUAAACAUGGUGUAUCUCGAAAGAAGAUUGCUCAGAUGUUGGAUCGUUAUGAAUAUGAAAUGUCCAUCUCUAUUGUAAUGAAUUCAGUGGAACCGCCACACAAAAGCACACAAAGACCUCCUCCUUCACAGGGGACACAGAGAGAAAGAGAUUUGAAGAAAACUGGGCACAGGCUCAGCAAAACCAAACAGAAGAGAAGCAGAAAAAGAAAUAAAAAGCAGAACAGUCAUAGUAAAAUCAUGGAGGAAAACUCAUUUGAAACCGUAAGUUACCACACGCUAGGAGAUCAGGACCCAUCUCAGAGUGAAGAGGAAGACAUUGAAGACACCAAAAGAGAAUCAGUGUGCACUUUCACUGGUGCACUGGGAAAUAAACGAGGAGAAUUAGUGAACAGCCACAAAGAUGAAGUAUGGAAAAGCAUAAAUCCUGAAGAUAGUUUUCCAAAUGCUGUAUCUGCAGUUGAGCUGGACAAUACAUUAAAAAAUGAUCUCCCUAGAGAAAACAAUGAUUUAUUUCUAAAUGUGUCACUGAUGCCAAAUGAAAACUCUGUGACUUGCCUGACAAUGACUCAGAAUCUUUCCUGCGUAACAAGUGAUGACUGCUCUGGCACAAAGGUAGGAAAGCAUCCUGGAAAUAGGCAUCCCACGGCAUCAGGCAUCCAGAGCGGAUCUGCUGACUUCCCCAGCUCAUUUAUGCAAAAGAGAGAGAAGGUAGAUAAAAGACUCCAAAAUGAAACAAUCCCUUGCCAUCAGUAUGCGUCCAGAACCUCAGAUAAAGGUUUAAGAACGGAACGAGGAGUAAGAGCAACUAAGAGCAGUUUUUGGCCUCUUUUUCCAAACAAUCUAUCUGAUGAAGAAUUACAGCCAGGCUCUGAGAGACAAUCCUGUUUGGGGAGCUGGCCUGAGGGACCUCAUAAGUUUAUAUGUGAACAAAGACCAAAGAAAGAUAGAUGGCAAAAAUUGGCCUCUCCAGACAGCAGGGGACAAUUGAUUACAUUGAUCUCCACUUCCGAAGAAACUUCAGUACCAGGAAGCAGUCCAGAAACACUGGUAGAGGAGAAGCUUUUGAUAGAAAAUGAGGAUUUGUCACCUUCAACUGAGAAUACAGAUUCAAUCAUAGCAACAGAAACAAGUAUCUUUAGAAGCUGCUUGCCUAACCUGGAUAUCCCAAAGAGUGACUUACACUCAACAAAGAAUAAGAAAAGGAGAGAGAAACGGCUUUUCAAUUUGGCACCAAACUUUAACUUACUGGCACAGAGCUAUAUCGAUGUAAAAGAAAGAGGUGAAUGUGGCUUGUUAACAGAAAGCCAUGGACUAAAAAUUAUUUUGGAAGAAGAAAAAGACAGAAUUUCAGAAAUACGUAAUAAAGAGGAGACCACACAAAAACUCAUGACCUUUAAUCAUCACCCAUCAUGGUUUUACUUCGAUAUUAUCGAAGAUCCUCCUCUAAAUGUUGGUAGACGAUCUUAUUCUCAUUACCUGCCAUUUAAUAGACACUCUGUAUAUUUUUACAAAAACCCUAUUCCUUCUCUUGUGCUACAAUAUACAUCUAGCUUUCAGAUGGUAUCCUUUACAAGCAAGAAAUCAUUUUUGACUUCCAAAUCUCAAACAAGAGUAGAUAACCAACCACGUGACAUAGGGUUUGUUUCUUCAGGAGUUUUAAGUAGCCAGCAUGAUCCUUUGUACUCUUUUAGGGUCACUUCUGAUCUUCACUUUUUAAAUGAAAGUUUUGAUGAGAAGCUGGAGACAUGGGAAGAACCCAAGCCGUUACAGUUCUUGCAAACUGAAGAUAACCAAGAUUUUACAAGCCCUGGCAUUGAGUCCCUUGAGCUGCAAUUAUCACAAGGGUUUGCCUUUCAACUAGUAAAGCUUUUUGGAUCACCUGGAGUUCCAAUGGAAUCUUUGUUGCCUGAUGACUGUGUGGUUUCCCUUGACUGGAAGACACUGAAGAUGAUCUAUUUACAAUGGAAGACAUCAGUUGAGUUGAAUUCUUCAGUCUUCCUGGUGCUGUUGAAGAUCCUACCCACCAAGAAAGAGUGCUCAGUGCCCACCCAAAGGAUUAUUUUCGGCAAUAUACUCGUGGGAUACCAAAAUUGGCUUGGAUAACCUGUUCAACUGUUCUUGAUUAGUUAUCUGAACAAUAAAAAACUCAACAAAAGAGGUAA